GAGAAGACGGUGGUGGAUUUUAAGGUCUCUUGUCUUGCACGCAGCUUGGAGCCGUCGAUCUUGGCAUGCGGUUAUGCGACAAGACAAGUUUGGGACUGUGCGGCAGACAUCUUGGCGGCCAUCGCUCACGGUUACAGAUCGUACCCGCGACGGUGCUCAACCAUUGAGCGUUUCAGGCGAAGUUACGGCGAGAAGAGGCAAAAAGGAAAAAAAUGUCGUCCGGGCCGGGGGGGAAAAGCGAUGAACACUGCCUCAAUGGUGUUCGUGACGUAGCUGCUGCCGCUAGAAAAGAACGGGCAUCUGAUGCAGCUUAUAACGGCUCUCUUCUCUCGUCGUCGUCUUGCAUCGACCUUACCUUAUCCUCAUGAGGGGGAUUGUUUGCCAUCUAGAUUUCAGAUCUUUUGCGGCAGCUCUGCAUGAAGCACUGAUCUUACUGUUUUGUGACACCCGCCAAGCCCCUUAAAUACCUUCCUCUUCCACUGAAGGAUCGGUCAUGGCGACAACUCCUGAGGGCCAAAACAUAGAUCGAGAUAUCGUUAUGCGCGAUGCCUCCGAGAACGUUCCACGUUUGAAUCAACCAGUCCCCGGUGACGAUGCAAUCCUCGCAAUCAACGCCCCUUUCAACGCGUCAGCUCCCAAAAUCGACCACGAAGACCCUCUCGGACUUAGCCAGCUCAAGAAGGCCGACCUAUCCUCAAUCAAGGUAGACUACCCGGCGGGGAAUCAGAGGAAGAUCAAGGCGUACUACACCAAGCAGAACGCACUCAUUGAUCAGUUCCUCCAGAGCAAGGAUGAAGAGGCCCUAGCUGUCCAAGACUUUCAGAGGAACGGGGGAAAAGUUAAAUGGGCCGUGAACCUGAGUUUCAUGGUCAACUUCUGUUUGUUCAUCAUUCAGCUGUAUGCCGCGAUCUCGACUGGAUCCCUAUCGCUGUUUGCAACUGCGGCAGACGCGUUUAUGGACCUCGUCUCAUCGAUCGUGAUGUUGACAACUUCACGAAUGGCGGCUCGUCCCAAGCCCCACAAGUACCCAGUCGGCCGGCGCCGGAUCGAGACCGUGGGAAUCAUCCUCUUCUGCGCCUUGAUGACAACAGUCGCGAUCCAGUUGAUCAUUGAGUCGGGCCGGGCUCUGGGAAGCGGCGACACCGACAGCAGCGAGGAGCUGCACAUUAUCCCUCUGAUAUUCGUAGGAACCGCCAUCUUCUCAAAGUUCUGCCUGUUCUGCUACUGUUUCUGGCUCCGACGGUAUCCAGCGGCACGGAUAUUUUUCAUCGAUCACCGGAAUGAUUUGGCCGUCAAUGUUUUCGGUCUGGUCAUGUCCAUCGUUGGCGAUAGGUUUGUUUGGUACCUCGACCCCGUCGGCGCUAUCUGCAUUGCGCUCCUGAUCCUCGUCUCUUGGGUAUCCACUGCGUUUGAAAACGUCUGGUUGCUGGUGGGCAAGGCUGCACCCAGAGAGUUCGUCAACAAGUGCAUCUACGUUUCACUUACGCAUGAUGCCCGCAUCCAGAAAGUAGACACCUGUCGAGCGUAUCAUUCUGGCGAGCUCUACUAUGUCGAAGUAGAUGUUAUCAUGGACCCAACCACUCAGCUUAAGGACUCACACGACGUGAGCCAGGCCUUGCAACGAAAACUUGAGGGUUUAGCAGCUGUAGAACGGGCGUUCGUCCAUGUUGAUUAUGAAGACGAUCAUAAUGUGCAUGAGGAGCACAAGCCGCUAUUCGAUCCUGCAACCUAUCGGCAACCACGAACACUGAAGGAAUGGUUGAAAGAUAUGGUGCAGCGGCGAUAAACUGAACAAUGCGCCAAGUUUUGUGUGGGAAAGCUCCCAGCCAAAACUCUUUCUUUUUAGCAAAUCGAUUGGGUUCUCUGCGAUGGCUAUGGAUGGCUCGCAUGCCGGCUCCUAUGACUUCUCUCCUAAUGAUAGAAUACUCGCAAAGAUUAAUGCACCCCAGAGCCGCUGAUCCAUCCCUAACCAGCACUGGAUUCUGGGAACAUCAUGUGUGGUUUUAUUCAAAGUAUUUGCGUGCUUACUAUCCCUGCCUGGAGUACACAAGGAGCCUCAACAUUCUCUGGAAUAAAGUGGGCCCUCUCAGUGCUCCCCUCUGUCGUCGUUUCCUGCCUCCUGUCCUUUGGACUGAUCUUCAUUCAUCACGGACGAGAUAAACCCCUGAGAACUCUUCCAGUUCAAGGCCUAUUUUAACGUUGCUGUCACGGAUCCCUUCAGACACAUUUGACAGCUCUUUUAUUAUUCGAUAUAGAACGGAUGUUACUGGCCAGAGAAGUAUACGGCCGUUUUGCGUUUGCAAUGCCCCUACCUGCCCAGCCACCAUGGUCCCCAGCAAAAAAUUUGUUGAUAUGGCCUAAAUUUUAUUUCUAUG